AUGAAAGAUUAUUUUCAAGAAGAAAUACAACAAAAACAAGAACAAGAAGAAGAAGAAAAAGUUAAUACAAAAGAUAAGAAAUGGUUUAAAAGUAUAUUUCAUUUCAAAAGUAAAGUUAUUAGUAGAACAACAACAAUAAUAAGAUCAACAACAGUAGUGUUAUUGUGGGAAGCUAUGCAGAUAUCGGUAAAAGUUGAUAGAAUCGACUACUUUAAAUACUUUGUUGAAGAACUAAGUCAAAAUAUGGAAGAUAUACUUCCAGAUGUUUGA